GCUUUACAUAACCGACAAACUUUGCCGAAGCCGAAAAACUUUGGGAGAAAAUGGAAAAAGCAACAAGGAUAACGUCGUUACCGGUGGAUGUGCGAGCGAGAUAAGGCUUAAGAGCGACGCUCCGUGGUUUCUUUUAGCUCCCCGCACUGGAUUUCCAAGUGACAAUGUUGUGGAGGCAGGAAAAAACCAAGACCUUGUCGCGCUUCCAUUGAAAGUGAAUUUACGUUCCUCAUGGAGAAAACAGCAGCAACAAGUUGGGAGUCAUGAGCACAGGUGUGAAGAAGCCUCCAUUAGCUCCCAAACCUAAACUUCCCGUCGUGGCCAAACUCCCUCCCAUCGCCCCCAAACCAGGCCCGCUCAGCACGACCCCCCCCGUUUCCUCCCAGCCUUCCCCCGCCACUCUCAAAAGGACAAAGCCGGCCCUCGCCCCGAAGCCCUGCAUCCCAAAAUCCACAGGCCCUCUCCCCCCCGCCGCCGCCUCGCCGCUUCCCAAAGCUCACCUUAUCUUAUCUCCUCCUGGGCAGGAUCUUCCCGAGGACAGCCUCUCGCUGCUCAACACCGCAAAUGGGAUUUUAUCGGAGCGUGAAUCGGACUAUGUCAUUCCCACGUGCGCCUGCGGGCUGCGGGACCGCUGCCAACGUGUGGAGAAUGGCGUGCACGGGCUCAGGAACGGGGAUCUCGAAGGAACGCCGACCACCGGACCGGAGGAAUGUUUGUGCGAGGGGGUGAGCAAAAGACCUCGGGCCAAGCCUCAGAGACACGUGGACAAAGAGGGGAACGGGACUGAAGCUGACUCGGCGAGGCCUGCGCCCAUCGGCUGUGAUGUUGCAGGCAGCAUCGUUGCCUCCUGUCCACCUUCGGAGUGCAGCAGCCGUUUUCAGGGCGACUCCUCGGUUCCCGCGCCCCCGAGUAAGCCCCUCCCCGUCCCGCAUCCUCGCAGGCGUAAGAAGCCCGCCCUGGUGAGGCAGGACGGCGUGGAAGGCGCGGCGGCUCAGGAUCCUCCUCAGGAGCUGGACGACCUGAGAGAGGAGUCAGUUGGCGAGCCGGGCGCUCCGGUAGCCGGCGCCCCGGUAGCCGGCGCCCCGGUAGCGGGCGCCCCGGUGCCACCUCGCCGCCAGACCUCCCUUUCCCCUCGCCUCUACAGAAUGCAGCGGACCUGUGCAAGACUCAACAAGGUCGCCUCCCAUUCACUCAGCCUGCUCUCCCAGCCUCACCUUGCGGGCGAGCGAGUGGGCGAGGAGCACGGUGGCGGCGAGGAGGAGGAAGACGGCUACGGCGAUUUCAAGCGCUAUCCCGUCACCCACAGCCUCCCCAAGCAGGUCAAACUGGGCUGCCCGCCGCCCAUGCUGCACGCCAAGAAGCCUUGCUCGGCUGAGGAGCGGCGACCGGCGAGGCCGCCGCCCCGGAAACCUCAGAGGCACAGCCUGCCCGCCCCGCCGCCGCCUUCCGUCUGCCCGCCGCCGCCGCCGCCUCCUCACGGUCCCAUGAGGGAGCUGCCCGCGCCCCCCCAGGAGAAAGCUUCCUGGCGCUUUGCCCGGCCGUGCGUGACCUUCUUCAGCCGCCAGAUGCCCACCAGGAGCAGCGUGCCGCCCAAAAGUCGGGCGCCCGCUUUGGGGAGCAAGCAGCGAGCCAAGUCCUUCUCCGCCGCUGACCUGGCCACCCGUGUGGACCCCAACAAGCGGAGCCUCUCCUUCCGGAAGCUUCUGGAGCUGCGCGUGUCUGUCAAGAUGCUGCCCAAGCUGCUGGCCAAGGGAGGCCACCCGCUGGACGGCACCGAUGGCGAGUUCAAGCGGGCGCAGCGGCCCAACAGCUGCAUCGGCGAGGUCGGCAUCGGCGAGGUCGGCGAGGUCGGCAUCGACGACGACGACGACGGGAGCGCCGAGUACGAGAACGUGCCUCUGUACGAGGAGAUCCCGGAGUACAUGAACCUGCCCUUCCACGGCGGCGGAGCGGGCUGGUCGCAGGACGGCGACGACUCGGACGUCUACGAGGCGCAGGACCCCUACCACGGCUUCCGCGAGGACCACGGCCUUAGCCACCGGCAGAGGAGGGACAUCCACUCGGACGACGACGAGGGGGCUCGCAGUUGGGACGAGGAGGAGGAGGAGGACAACAGCUCGUCCUCCAGCAAGGAGCACGUGGACCCGGCGGACCGACAGCUGGAGGACGAGAGCAAGCGCAAGAAGGUGGCGCACAUCGCCCAAGAGAUCAUGAGCUCCGAGAAAGUGUUUGUGGAUGUCCUCAAGCUUCUUCACAUCGACUUUCGGGACACCGUCGCCAAGGCCACGCGUCAGAACGGCAAGCCGGUGGUGGACGAGCGCGUCCUCAGCCAGGUCCUCUACUACCUGCCUCAGCUCUACCAGCUCAACAAGGACCUGCUGAGGGAGCUGGAGGAGAGAGUGGCGCACUGGAGCGAGCACCAGCGCCUGGCCGACGUCUUUGUGCAGAAGGGGCCCUACCUGAAGAUGUACUCCACGUACAUCCGCCAGUUCGACAACAACGUGGCGCUUUUGGACGAGCAGUGCCGCAAAAACCCGGGCUUUGCCGCCGUGGUGCAAGACUUUGAGACCAGCGGCAGAUGUGCCAGCCUUGCCCUCAAGCACUACCUGCUCAAGCCUGUCCAGAGGAUCCCCCAGUACCAACUGCUGCUCACAGAUUAUUUGAAGAAUCUGCCUCGGGACUCUGAGGACUACAAGGACACAGAAGCCGCCCUGAGCAUCGUCAAGGAAGUGGCCAACCACGCCAACGACAUCAUGAAACAAGGGGAUAACUUCCAGAAGCUGAUGCAGAUCCAGUACAGUCUGAACGGCCACCAAGAGAUCGUUCAGCCGGGCAGGGUGUUCCUGAAGGAGGGAACGCUCAUGAAGCUCUCCAGAAAGGUCAUGCAGCCGCGGAUGUUCUUCUUGUUCAACGACGCGCUCAUGUACACCACGCCCGUCCAGUCGGCCCAGUACAAACUCAACUGCGUGCUCUCCCUCGCCGGCAUGAAGGUCAGCAAGCCCAGCCAGGAGGCCUACCAGAACGAGCUGAACAUCGAGAGCGUGGAGCGCUCCUUCAUCCUGUCCGCGAGCUCGGCGACGGAGCGAGACGAGUGGCUGGAGGCCAUCGCCAAAGCCAUCCGCGACCACGCCAAGAAGAAGAUCAGCUUCACGUCCAGUCGCAGCCAGGAGGAGGGUGACGACUCGCCAGACAGCGGCGCCCCCUUGGGCUCCAAGGCUCCCAUCUGGAUCCCCGACCUGAGGGCCACCAUGUGCAUGAUCUGCACCUGCGAGUUCACCCUCACCUGGCGGCGCCAUCACUGUCGCGCCUGCGGGAAGGUGGUGUGCCAAGCCUGCUCAGCCAACAAGUAUUACCUGGAGUACUUGAAGAACCAGCCGGCACGCGUGUGUGACCACUGUUUUGCCAAACUGCAGGAGAACAACGACCGCCGCGCCUCGUCGUCGGCGUCUCCCAUCAAAUCCGGAGCGUUCUCCUUCACCAGGAAACAGAAAAAGAUCCCAGCUGCGUUAAAAGAGGUGUCAGCCAACACGGAAAACUCCUCCAUGAGCGGCUACUUGAGCAGGUCCAAGGGCAACAAGAAGCAGUGGAAGCGGCUGUGGUUUGUCAUCAAGAACAAAGUCCUGUACACGUACGCCGCCAGCGAGGAUGUGGCGGCGCUGGAGAGCCAGCCGCUGCUGGGCUUCUUCCUUCGGGAGGAAAAGAACGGGCCGGCGCAGAAGCUGCAGUUCAAGCUCUACCAUAAAAAUACGCUCUUCUACAUCUUCAGAGCCGACGACAUCCCCACCGCACGGAGGUGGAUUGAAGCCUUUCAAGAGGCCAUGAUCCUCGAGCAGUGAUGAGCCAGCACACGGCCAACCGGGAAGGCACGCACGCCGCUUCCAGUAGGAGAUGGGAGACCCAUUGGCGUGGCAUUUCAAAAAACAAAAAAAUGAAUGGGAGCUUUUUCUUCUUUUCCGUCUGAUGCUGCAGCUAGCUGCGGCCCGAAUGCCAAAGAAUGUGCGUGGAAGUGGACGAUUGCCCACCAGGAAAGCCCCGGUACGGAUCUGCUUAGUCAAAGGAAAUGAUGGGGCAAACUAGGUGGUGGGAAAUUCAAGCAGGUCAAGUAAGAGGAAGUUGCAAGAAGAGCUAUUCUUCUAUUUUCCUACAACGUGGUCCUGGACAAAACUGGAAGUGUAUCACGAAACCUAUUACUCUCCGAAAUGUUGAUGGCAGACUCGGAAUUGAUCCGUGAGUAAUAUUUUGUAUAGAAUAGAGCAACGUUGACAUUUUUAAAAAGCAGCCUAGCGCUGAUAUUGAUCAUGUAUGGAGAAGCAGGCCAGGCCAGGGUCUGCUGAGUUUUUCUUUUAAUUAGGGGAGGGGUAUGCGGUUGCACAGGACCUUCUCCCCCCCCCCCCCCAAACAAAACAAUUGAUUGUUUUGUACAGUACAUUUUUGUACCAGUGAAACAUUCAAAGACACCAUUGUUCGAGUAUUUUCUGCCCUAACCUGCCUCCUCCAAGUUUGAAUGACCCGCACAACUUUUUUCUGUCCACUUUCUGCUUCAAGUUGUCAUUGCAACUCUUGAUUCCUUCUUGUCGAUCUGGUUUGAACUUGUCAGGGUUUAUGUUGGAAGCAAGUGUUUGCUUGUGAUUGUACAUUAUCAGUGACUAUUUUUUUUAGUAACGCUUGUGUGGAGGUAGAGUCUCCUACAGAACAAUCAUAAUAAACUGUCAGGCAACAGUUUUUAAUAAUAAAUCUAGGUCUACUUUUGG